UAAAGAAUUGCUGCAAAGUGCCCCAAAUAAUAAGUGUGUGGGGUCAUUAUGCCCAUAAUACCUGCCCCCCCAGGGGGGUAAUCGGCUCCCUCAUCAAUGUGAGGGCCAGACCGGAUCAGUAAAAUCAGGGAGCGCCUGGCAAGGGAAGGGUUAAAGGCAGGCCUCUAAUUAAUGAGGGCCUCGUUAAUAAGAGAUGUGUGCCCCGUGCUCUCCCAGGCUGGAGUGCUAGCUCUUGUGACGAGCAGUCUUUGGAGGUGGAAGCAUGCAGAAGGUCGGCCCCCCGGACCGGCUGCUCUGCGUUAAGGCCGUUCUGUUCUGCGUUAUUUUGAUCUUUUGGGUGACCGGCGUGGUGCUGAUCUCCGUGGGCGCGUAUGUCCAGCUCAGGCUGUCCGAUGUGUCUGUGAUUUUGACCGAGACGUCGUCGGGGGCUCCCCUGGUCCUGACCAUCGUGGGGAUGGUCAUCUUCUUCCUGUCCGGCUUCGGAGCCCUGGCUGCCCUGAGAGAGAGCAGCAGCCUCGUUAAAAGCUUUUCGGUCGUCAUGCUGGUGAUCUUCGUGGUGGAGGUCAUCGUAGGGAUCUCGGCGUACUCCUACAGGGACCGGCUUCAGAGUAACGUUUCUCAAAGAUUUCUUAAGGUUCUUGGCAAAUACAGACUGGAUCCAGAAAUAACCAACGCUGUGGAUAACGUCCAGCAGGAGUUCCUCUGCUGUGGUGCAAACAACUUUACGGACUGGCUUAACAGCACCAGCACCUUGUCUGCCACGUCGGUGCCACAAAGCUGCUGCAGGAGGGUCCAGCCGAGGUGUGGUGAGAACCCCCUGGAGAACACGGAGAAAAUAUACCAAGAGGGUUGCGUUGUGAAGAUGAAGAGCUGGAUAUCUGAGCACAUCGGUGUCAUCGGAGCCGUGGCGCUGGGGCUCGGGAUCUCCCAGAUAUUUGGAAUUCUCCUUUCCUGGCUGUUUGUGAGGAUCCUCCAAGAAAACUAUGUUUCUAUGUAAACCCCAGAAGGAGGGGAAAUCGGCCCUUUAUAUCACUUCGUUUCCGUGUAAAUAUUUAUUUCUGAUGUAACGGCGGAGGUUUACUCGGUGCUGUGCUGGGCUGUUAUUGGAUGUAAUGGUUUUGUUUGGAGAGUAAAAAUAAUAAACCGAAAA